CGCCAUGGUGGUUAGUAUAAGGUGGCUUCAAGACGUUUCCCGCGAUCCUCCUCACGAACAAAGAAGUCAUGUGAGACGAUGGCACCUCUUCCUUGGCGCAGGUCCACAGAGACUCAAUGGCCUUUGUUCUCUUCUGUCGCAAACGUUAUCGACGACGGGGUGAAGCAGGGGGGAAAAGAGAUAUAAGGAGGGCGUUGUACGUACUCAGGUCUACCUCUCUUCACACCACCUCAACCAAUCUUCUCAUCAUCACGCUCGAGCCCCUCAGCCAACCAAAGAACACUUUAUCAAGAUGAACCCUCUCUACACCGCCGUCUUCGCGCCCGUCGCACCCGUCCAGAUCGACUCUCAGGACUCGGCCCCCGUCAACACUGACAAGCCUGGCCGCCCUGCCUCCGGCUGCGUUGUCGCUCGUGCCCCCGUCAACGCUGACAAGCCUGGCCGACCUGCCUCUGGCUGUGUCGUCGCCUGAUGGGUGAGUGUAGUGACCACGGCGACACUCGACGACGGCUGCUGACUUCAAAGCCUCCUGCCAGGAGUCAUGAACGAGUAGCUUCCAUACGAAUCGUUGUCCUGGCUCGCCCUCCUCUUGCCUUUCUUCCUUCCCGGGAAUUCCAUUGCAAUCUUUCU